GCUCAAGCCCAGACUGAGCUUCUGCCAUGAUGUCAGAGGGAAAGAAACCCACAGCUUGCUAAUUUCACCUCCUAAUCGGCCCCGGGAAGGAGAUCACCGGGAACAGUUGUUUCCCCCUGUGGUCAUGACGGCUUCGCACAGUGACUCUUUGGUGGUGUUGUUUGGGGCAACAGCUGGUGCAUAUGGGGCUAAACUGGGUUCGGAUGAGAGGGAACUAAUUCUCUUGGUGUGGCAAGUUGUGGAUCUACAGAACAAGAAGGUAGGGACGCUACACAAAUCCCUGGUGAAAGCAGACAACUUGGACUUAAGUGACCAGUGUCGUGAAGUCAGUGGCUUAACACCAGAGGGACUGGGCAAAGCUGAACCACUGGACCGGGUUCUUCAGCAGUUUAGUCAGCUGGUAUCCAGUGAUUUGAAAGUACUUGGAAGGAGCUCUUACACGCUCUGCAGUGAUGGCCAGUUACUCAUCCGACAAGUUCUCCACCCGGAAACAUCCAAGAAGAACUUCUUGUUGUCAGACUGCUUCUAUUCCUUUUAUGAUCUGCGCAAAGAAUUCCACACUUGCUACCCUAGUUCAGCCGCCGUGAAAGAUCAGACUAUCAAGACCAUGGCAGAAUAUCUAGGCUUAGGGACAGAUGAAGCAGAGGAGGACUUUGGCGUGUGGCAAGUGAAGACCAUGGUGGCUAUCAUUUUCAGCAUGCUUUCAGAAGGUUGUAAUCACAUAUUUACUGAGCCUGAAACUGUGAAACACAAGUAUGAAACGGGUCCUUGUAGUAAAUCUGAAACUGUGGACAGUGAGACAGUAAUACGUGCCAGAGGUUUGCCAUGGCAGUCUUCAGACCAGGAUAUCGCUCGAUUUUUCAAAGGACUCAACAUUGCCAAAGGUGGUGUGGCUCUUUGUCUGAAUUCUCAAGGAAGAAGAAAUGGGGAGGCUUUGGUUCGGUUUGUCAAUUCUGAACAGAGAGACCUUGCCUUGGAAAGGCACAAGCAUCACAUGGGUAGCAGAUACAUUGAGGUUUACAAAGCAACUGGGGAAGAAUUCUUAAAAAUUGCAGGAGGCACCUCCAAUGAAGUUGCCCAGUUCUUAUCCAAGGAGAAUCAAGUUAUCAUCAGGAUGAGAGGCCUUCCAUUCACUGCUACUCAGGAAGAUGUCUUGGGUUUCCUGGGGUCAGAGUGCCCAGUCACAGGAGGAAAAGAGGGACUUCUCUUUGUCAAGUACCCAGAUGGCAGGCCCACAGGAGAUGCAUUUGUGUUAUUUUCCUGUGAAGAAUAUGCACAGAAUGCACUUAAAAAGCACAAAGAAAUACUUGGAAAACGUUACAUUGAACUCUUCAGGAGCACAGCAGCAGAGGUCCAACAGGUACUUAAUCGAUACAUGUCAACACCUCUUAUUCCAACUCUUCCAACUCCCAUCAUUCCAGUCAUACCCCCACCAUACACCAUUGCCACGGGCAGCAUCCGCGACUGUGUCCGGCUCAGAGGUCUUCCUUACACUGCUGGCAUUGAUGACAUCUUGGAAUUUAUGGGAGAUGCCACGGGGGAUAUCAAGCCCCAUGGAGUUCACAUGGUCCUUAAUCAGCAGGGACGACCAUCAGGUGAUGCUUUUAUCCAAAUGAAAUCUGCUGACAAAGCCUUUAUGGUGGCUCAAAAAUGUCACAAAAAAAUGAUGAAGGACCGUUAUGUGGAAGUAUUCCAGUGUUCUGGAGAGGAGAUGAACUUUGUUUUAAUGGGUGGCACUUUAAAUCGUAGUGGCUUAUCCCCACCGCCAUGUAAGUUACCAUGUCUUUCUCCACCAGCUUAUGCUGCUUUCCAAACAGCAGCUGUGAUCCCAGCAGAGGCUGCAGCCCUUUACCAGCCACAAGCCCUCUUGCCAUCCACCAGGACGCCCCAGGCCUCUGCAGCUGCUCCUCCAACUGUUACCUACUACCCAGCCCAGGCUGCUCAGCUUUACAUGAACUACACAGCUUACUAUCCCAGUCCUCCAGUAUCUCCUACCACGGUGGGGUACAUUGCAGCUCCUCCAGGAGCUGUGGCAGCUGCUGCCACUGCCACCCACACUCCAAUCCUGCCCCAGCCUGGAGCCUUAGUCCGGAUGCAGGGCUUGCCAUAUAACACAGGAAUGAAGGAGAUACUCAGUUUCUUCCAAGGGUACCAGCUCCAAGCAGAUUCCAUCCUCAUGCUUUACAACUUUAGUGGCCAGCCCAGUGGCGAGGCGUUGGUGACUUUUCCAAGCCUGGAUCUAGCUAAGCAAGCAGUGGCUGAGAGAAAUGGACAGCUCCUGGGGAGCCGCUGUGUACAAUUGUACCUGGUCUAACUGAACACUCUGGAGGAUGAGGAAAGGAUGUUGCACUCAACACCGUGCCUUUUGCAAAAUAAGAAGUCUUCCCUUGCCACCCAGGCAGCAACAAAUGUGCCUUUUCAGCAUAACAUGUUGGAAUGCAGCAUGGUGCAUGUCCUUUUUAAUUUGAAAAAUGGCGUCUCCUAUGCCAAAGAUAAAGUGAAACCAGAAAUUGUGCAGUUAAUUUACUUAAUUUCUAAUGUGCCUGUGUAAAAAGAAGCAACGCUGCUCAUGGCAUGCAGUUAAUUCUGAAGACAGUCCAGUGCACUUCAGCUACUGCAGCCACGGGAGAAACUUACUCAGUAGCAUUUGAAGUGGAAAACGAUGCUUGAGUCAUUCAGAUUAUUUUGUGUUUAGUUUUUAAGAGUUUACACUUGACAAAGUGUCUCAUUCUUGUAGAGUUUAAAUGCCUUUAGAAAGGUCUUUUGGAAUGCAUGGCUUACCCAGUUCAAAGCGUAGAUCAUAUUGAUUUUUGUUUUGUUUUGUUCUUGACUGGAAAAUAUCAGGAUGCUGGAUCCUGAACCAAUUGUGCUUUUUCGUGUUUUCAUUAGACAUUGUUUUGCAAAAGCCAUAUUUGACCUUCUUACCAGUGUACUGCUGCCAGUGGGUAAAGCAAAAAAAUAAAACCAACGGCAAAACCAGAAAAAUCCUCUCUUCCCACCCUGCCCCCAAUUUUUAAUCUCUACAGGACAAAAAUGGCACAUAAACCUGAGUUCUAAUAAGUUAUAUUUUUUUAUUUAAGCAUAAUAGCUUUCAGAUACUGUAUUAAAGAUUUUGCUCUAGUUUAUGUGCAUGCAAUUUGUUUACAUCUUUAAACUACUUUAUUUGUAUAUUAUGAAACAGCAAGAUAUGUUGAAAUCUGAAUUCUCUAGUGCAUGCUUUUUUCUUUUUCCCCUGUGUGUAUAUACAUAAGCUAGAAGUACUUUUACGUCAUGUAGCACGUGUUUAAAAAAAAGACAUCUGCUGUAGAAGCACUAAAUGACUUUGUUUUUACUGUGCCUUACUUCUAAAUCAUUCCAAGUGCAAUACAAGCAGAGCAAAAUGUAAUGAAUUCUGUUGUUGACAUGUUCAUGGAUGUCUGAAUUGAUCUUUUUUUGUUAGUGUACAAUUUGAGUUGUACUUUAAAGAACUGAAUGAUGUAUGCUUCUUUAUAUUACAAUAAAAGAGAUGCUUACAAUGUG